UGCGUCUCAUUUUGCAUGCGCAGUCUAAAGCAGAAAUGGCUCUUUGCUACAGAGUUCUUCGUUUGAAAUUCCCAAUCCAGCAAUUUCCCAACUAUGCUUGGUACCAGAAUAAAAGGACGUACUCAGAAAAGGUCACUUCUAAGCCUAAACCGGUCUCAAGUGUGGAAACUACUGAUCAUUUGAUAUACACACACGAACAUAACGCUCUAAGGGAAUCUUUGAGAAAGAUCAUUGAUAAAGAAAUCAAUCCUUUUAUUGACAAAUGGGAAGAGGCAGAACUGUUUCCAGCUCACAGAAUUUUCAAAAUCCUAGGCAGCAGUGGUUUUCUUGGAGUAAACAAGCCAACAGAGUAUGGAGGACUUGGAUUGGACUUCAGCUACAAUGUUGCAGUGGCUGAGGAGCUGGGUAACAUUCGUUGUGGAGGGAUUCCUAUGGCCAUAGGGGUUCAGUCUGACAUGGCAACCCCAGCACUGGCAAGGUAUGGCUCAGCAGAGCUGAAAAAGGAGUUUCUUCAACCGACUAUUGCAGGAGAUAAAGUGGUGUGUCUUGGCGUGAGUGAAGUUGGAGCUGGCUCUGAUGUUGCAAGUAUCAAGACCAAAGCUGUGAGAAAAGGUGAUGAUUACAUAAUAAAUGGUGGGAAGAUGUGGACCACAAAUGGAACUCAAGCUGACUGGAUGUGUCUUCUGGCAAAUACCAGCGAUGGACCACCUCACAGAAACAAAUCCCUAAUCUGUCUGCCAAUGAACUUACCUGGGAUUCACGUGACUAGAAAAAUUAGUAAGAUUGGCAUGAAGUCAUCUGAUACUGCAGAGAUCUUUUUUGAUGAUGUCCGUGUUCCUUGCAAAAAUCUCAUCGGGGAGGAAGGAAUGGGUUUCACAUACCAAAUGCUGCAGUUUCAAGAAGAGCGUUUGUGGGGAGUGGCCAAUAUUUUGACACCAAUGCAGACUGUAAUUCAGGAAACCAUUGAAUACACCAGACACAGGAAAAUCUUCAACCAGCCAAUCCUCCACAACCAAACAGUUCAUUUUCGUUUGGCAGAACUGGAGACGGAAGUGGAACUUCUUCGCUCGCUCCUCUACCGCUCCACUGCUAUGUAUGUGAACGGUACUGAUGUAACAAAGUUGGCUUCAAUGGCUAAACUGAAGGCAGGGCGUUUGGCACGUGAACUGAGUGACAGCUGCCUGCAGUUCUGGGGAGGAAUGGGGUUCACCAGUGAUGUUUUUGUCAGCAGGUUCUACAGGGACUCAAGGCUGAUGUCCAUAGGAGCUGGUGCAGAUGAAGUCAUGUUGUCUAUUAUAUGCAAGUACAUGGAAACUCUCCCAGGCAAGAAGUAAAUUCAGCCAAACAAACACCACACUGGAACAGUAAUCUACCACUGUUAAUAGAUUACCAAUAAAUCUUAUAACUACCAGUGGUUUUGUUUUUAAUCUUUUCAAUAUAUGCAUUUACUAUUGGUUUUAAAAGGUUGUGUAGUAAUGCCACUCUGUAAGGGCUAAAAUCUGUUAUUAAAGGUUUGUGUUCAAUUGUGAAGAAAAAAAUCCAAACUGCUUUAAAAUACCUACAAAAUGAGUCUACAAUACUGUGAAUGAAUGUAUUAAAAGUGGUUUGAGAAUUUAA